AGCUCCGAGUGCUGCGUGCAUUGAGAGCCUAUGCGAGCCGACAGCGCUCUCAUUACCCCUCUCCCUCUUGCUUCUUUACCGGCUGGGGACUCCAAGUCCCGUCAUGCACCGCGCGGCGGCGCAGACUACAGCUCCCGGCACGCCGCUUUCGGGCGGCUGGAGGCAGGCCCCGCUCUCCGCCCCCGCCACUUCUCCAGUCAGGCGGCGCCGCGGGCAGCCUCAUCCACGUCGGGGUCCUCGCGCGGCCCGGCCUCCUUUGAACGGCCGUGGCGGGCGCGCAGGGGACCGGCUGCGGCUGCUGCUGCUGUUGCUGCUCCUGCCGGCACCAUGGCCACGACCUCUGCCUCGGCGGCCGCCGGCGCCCCGGCGCCCCCUCCGCCCCCGCCGCCCCCGCCUCCGGGCCCCGGGAGCGCCCGCUCCGCGGCCAGCGUGGAGCGAGACCUGCUCUGGCGGGUUCUCGGCUGGAGGAUAGCCACCAGUGUGGUCUGCUCUGUCCUGCUUUUGCCCGUCUGCACCACGGCCUUCGUCGUCUUCAGCAGCCUCAACCUCCUCCAUCCCAUUCAGUGGAUCUCAGAUGCUUUCCACAAUCUGUACGGCUCCUAUGUGGUCUUUUACCUCCUGCUGCUGUCGCUGGUGGUGGUCAUCAUCAGCAUUUUCAACAUUGAGUUUUACACAGUGGCGCCGUCCAUCCCCUGCUCCCGCCUGGCCCUGAUUGGGAAGAUCGUCCACCCCCAGCAGGUGAUGCACUCCCUGGUGCACUCGGCCAUGGGCAUGCUGAUGGCGUGGUGUGCGGCCGUGAUGACCAAGGACCAGUACCACGUUCUGGCUGUGCCCUGCACUGACUCUGACAGCUUGGACAGUAAGGUGGCCCGGGCCUGUUUGAAUGAAUAUCACCUCUUUCUCCUGUUGGCCGGAGCCUUCAUGGGCUACAGCUACAGCCUCCUGUAUUUCGUGAACAACAUGAACUAUCUGCCCUUCCCCAUCAUACAGCAAUACAAAUUCCUGCGGUUCCGGAGAGCUCUGCCCCUGCUGCUCCGGCACAGUGCUGUGGAAUCCCUGUACCUGGUCAGGAACUUCUGUGGCCUCUACUAUUUCCUGGGCUAUAUCCCCAAAGCUUGGAUCAGCACUGCGAUGGACCUCCACAGAGAUGAGAAACAGCCUCCCUUGGACAGCCUGAGCGGGCUCUUGGACCUCUCCCUGCUCUACCACGUCUGGCUCUGCGGGGUCUUUCUUCUGGUGACCUGGUACAUCACCUGGGUGCUCUUCAAGAUCUAUGCCACGGAGGCUCACGUCUUCCCUGUUCAGCCCAUGUUUACGGGAGACUCAGAAGAAUGCUUACCCAAAGUCUUAAACGGCAGCUCUCCCCUCAUCAUAAAGUAUCUGGCCCUGCAGGACCUCAUGCUGCUGUCUCAGUACUCUCCUUCCAGGCGACAAGAAGUAUUCAGCCUCAGCCAACCAGGGGGGCACCCCCACAACUGGGUGGCCAUAUCUCGCGAGUGUUUGGCUCUGCUGAAUGACUUGACUCAGAAACUUGUGAUCUAUCAAGAAGCCGCGGCCACCAAUGGACGAGUGAAGCCCCCGCCCAGCUCUGUGGAGUCAAAGAAGCCCCCAGUGAUGGAAGAAGAAAUUGCCUUUCAGACUCCCAAGGCCAAUCUGAUGUCGAAGGCUUUGAUGCCGUCACUGGUAAAAGCGUCCCUCUUUUCUUCCAAAUUUACUUCUCCUGACUCCCCCGCCCCGAUCGUCUCCCUUUUUGGUGAUGGUGUUGGGAGCCGGAUGGCGGGGGUAGGAGACUUCAAGUCCCCCGUGUACAAGGGCCCCCUGAGUCCCCAGCUGACGAGAAGAGGCCCCAGACUGUGGACUUCACUGACAGACCUGCAAAGCGAUGGGCCCCAGAGCCCCAGCUCCUUCCCUCCCCCUGUUAGUUGUGGGGCCAAACAUGAAGACAGAGGCCCACCCAGCAAGCUGUACUCGUGGCUGCAGAGUAAACAACAGCAGGUGAAGAGCUUCCUGUCCAAGCGUGUGCUGAUCGUGUACUUUUUCAGCAAGCAUCCAGAGGCCUCCAUCCAGGCAGUUUUUUCAGAUGCUCAAAUGCACAUCUGGGCAUUAGAAGGUCUGUCCCACUUGGUAGCAGCGUCCUUUACUGAAGACAGGUUUGGGGUCGUCCAGACCACGCUCCCCACCAUUCUGAGCACUCUGCUGAUGCUGCAAGAGGCAGUCGACAAACACUUCAAGCUGCCGCACGCGUCCAGCCGACCGCCCAGGCUCUCGGGAAGCCUUGUGGACACUUCUUAUAAGACUCUGAGGUUUGCGCUCCGCGCGUCCCUGAAAACUGCCAUCUACAGGAUAACCACCACCUUUGGGGAACACCUCAACGCGGUGCAGGCAUCUGCUGAGCAUCAGAAGAGACUUCAGCAGUUCUUGGAGUUCAAAGAGUAGUUAAGUAAUAGAAACUGUGUUCAUUACCCUGCUGAUACUGCUGCAGAUGGGACAGUGAAUGCUCCGCAUUCUUGGAUCAGAAGAAAAUGGACUAAUUAGAUGCUUCCUUUGUCGUGGUGGUUGCUUUGAAAACUAUACUUUAAUGGGAGAAAUCAUGGAAAGAAAUUCUCAGCCGAAUAACAGAAAACGGCUUUUUUGUACUGAUCACUUUUUUUUUCUUUUCGGCUGGGGAGGGGAUAAUAAAGUCUUUAUUCCUCUCCAUGAGCAUCCCUGACAGCAUAGCGGACACUCGGAAAGUGGAAGGUCUGAGGAAGUGGGCUGUCGGUCUCCAGAGGUCACGGCUGCAGGGAGGAGGUGGCAGACUAGAAUAUGGAGAGACACGUUUUGUUGAUCUGUCAGGUUGUGUUUUUGUUUAUGGGGAAAGAUUAAAUUUGCAUGAUUGUCCAAAAGAACCUUCUCCCCUUACAGAUGCCAACUUUACAUUCAGGAAUGUGGAAAAUUUCACUUCUUAAGUUACGAGAUUAAACAUAAAACAUUCAUUUUAUGAAAAACAAUUGACCAAAAUCUGUGAAUUGAACUUAGUGAUUUGCUGGUAAAUGAGCUGUGCAUAAGUAUUCGUUUUCUUGACUCUGAAUUUGCUUUCUUUUUCCCAAAUGGAACAUGAUACAGUUGUAAAGUUUUUAAAACAAGAGAAAAGUUUUGCAAAGGAAAAACAUGGGCAGCUUUUUUCUUGGGAUGUUUUUGGGAGCCGAUUUUCACUGUGUCAGGUUACUUUGCAAAGCUCUUUAACCUUAGAGAGCGAGCAGCCUUUGCUGUGCUGACUGUUCAAUUGAAAUACAUUGACCAAGAAACGAUAUGCUUCUUGUCUACGGGGUGGGGGCCCUUUCCAGCUGACAGGGCAGCUUCGGGGAUAAAGGCUGGAAAUCUCAGUGAUCUCUUGUCUCUGGCCCAGCCUCUGCCCCCAGCUUGGAGCUCAGUGUCCUGCACAACACGUCCAGUUCCCUGCUGUCGAUCACCGUAACUGGGGCCGCGUCAGCUCCAGGCCCCAGGGCUCUUCAGCCAGCACAUACCAAACCACGAGGUUAAGUGAAUCCUGCUGGCCUUCUACGCCGCUCCUCUUUGUGAGCAACGCCCCAAGUUUCGGCCUGUCAGACUCUCUCCCUGCUUUCUUUGUUGAAUUCCUAAUGUGGGCUGGAUCUUUUUUUUUAAUGUGCAAGUUUAGUUUUGAAUAUCAUCGCCUCUUUGCUUAGACCCAAACAAAUGCACUAGCUAGCCAAAAAACAGUGGUUGGGUUGUGUCUCAUGGUCCAUGGAGUUGGAUUCCAUUCCCAGUGAGCGACCUUGCGCCUCCCAGCCUCCUAUUAAAUAGGGAUAACGCCAUUUAACCUCUUGCUGUCCUGAGGCUGAGUAUGUGAUGAUUUAAGCUCCGACCAAGUGCAGAAUGUUGCCGUUUACCAGAUGCUUUGGGUGAAGGCAUUUAUUUGAAGUCUAACCACACCUGGGUUCUCGGCUCACUCCCGUUGGCAUACUGACAACUGAGGCACCAAUAUUUUGGAGAUCGGGAAGCCUCCACCUGUCACCAACAGGCCACGUGCUGAAGAGUUGGGAUGUGGGCUCUUUUCCAGCUGUGAUUCCGAGGAGUCUCCACACCAGCUCUUGGCCCCUGGGGCAAGUGGAAAGGAUGUCCUGGCUAAGGACAGGAGGGGCGGGAGGCUGGUUGUUUUUAAUAGGGUAUGUUCUGUUCCCCUCAAACCCCAGGCUAUUCAAUGCCCCCUAACAUCUCCUGUGAGGUCAGCCCCCUGCUGCAUCAUCCAGUGAUCUUUUCCAAGGCUUCACGCUCUCUGCUCACCUGUCUGGAACCUGCUGAAGUCAGCACUUGGAACCUUGACCAGACUUUACAAUAGGCACGGAUUCCUCAGAACUCUUGACAGGAGUGUGGAGCCUCGACUGUUACCUGGUCAGUCGGCCAGGCCUGGGCAUGGAUGUGUGACUCUACAGUGGUUGUUUCUUGUUAUUUUUGUGUUUCUUCCUAUAUUUAUCGCUCUUGAAAUUUUUUUGAAUAAACUUUUGUAUGCCAAAUGGCUCAAGGUUGGAAAACAAA